CAGGAGUGGCUAAAAAAAUGAAGACAAAUCCUUGCCCGUUCAAACUUGAUAUUAUAUUUUUAUUUUUUAUCGUGUUAAAUUAUAAUUGAUUGUAGGCAUGUACGUUGUACAUGUUUUACAAUAUUUCAAUAAUCGGUUUGUACUUUGAAAAACUUAAUAUUCUCUGAUUCGCGAGGUUUGAGAACAACUACCAGCGCAGUCCUGGUGAUCGCUGAAUAUCACGAUUUUAAAUAGGUACUCGUACUUAUUAUUAUUUAUUAAUUAUUAUGGAUACCUACUUGAGAUUUUCGUACAAAAUGGCGCGUAAUCUAUCUUGUGGUAUCGCUUUUAUGAAUUACGGCACAGAUUGUGUCAUUUCGAUGUUAUCAGAACACGACUGUCAACAAUAUAACAUUUUUUUUUACUAAUAUCAUUAGACAUUUUUUGUGAAAUUUAGUACCACCAGUGACGUUUUUUUUAUAGUAUUCCAAAUUCAACUAGUGAACAAAAUGAGCAAUCAAAGUUCAGCGGCUAAAGUUGGUGAGAUUUUCAGUGCUGCAGGUACCGCGUUCAGUAGAUUAGGCGAACUAACAUUGACAUUGCAACCGACAAAUGAUACUCCUACACCCAACAGCAAAUGGACUGAUGACGAUAUAGAAAUGUUACAAAGGGCUGUAAAGAAAUUCACAGAUGACUUAGCUAUUAUCUGCGACCAAAUCAAACAACGAACAGUAUCACAAAUACAUACAACUCUCAAAAGAAAAUCUUAUGAGAAUCGAGCAAUAAAUCCGGCUGCAUUGACAAGAAUACCAAUGUCCUUAACAUCACCAAUAUCAACAAAUAUACUUAAUACAAAAUGUAACUCUGCUGAUGUGACAUUAAACAUGUUAAAUGCACCUCAAGAAAAUAAUUCUGGUUCAGAUGAUAUUUCUAGUGAAAAUAACCGACACAGCUUCAAUUGUGGUGUUGAUAUUGAAUAGCUAAGAUCAAAUUUUAAACAGAUUUACCUGACAUACCAAUAAUUAACUUUAAUUUAAAAGUUGUGUUAUGAAUUACUUGAUGGUUACUCAAUUUAUGGUCUCUUUUUUCUCCAUAUUAGAAAUAUAUAAUAUGUAUAAUACUUCCUUUAUUUCAUUUUUAUUUUUAUAUGUAUACUUGUCAUUUUUAUUUCUGUUUAUUUCAAUGAAUUAUCAUGACAAAAGAACAAAAUUAAACACUUGAUAAAUAAUUAUGUUGCAUUCCUAAAUUUGCAAUCAUAAGUAUUGAUUUUUAUUUCAUUGUUCUACAAACCAAUACAUAUGAGAAAUGAGGAUGUUGGUACUCAAUUAAGUCUAAUUUUAGUAAAAUUAUAAUAAUAAAAUGUAUAUUUGAUUUUUUUUUCUUAUUAAUUUAAAGUGUAUUUAUAAAACUGUCAUAAUUUCUAAAUUGUUCUAAAUGUAUGUAGCUAUAAAUUAUAAUAGGUAGGUAGUAAAAUUAUUGUUUAUAAUAUUAAUAGGUUUUUGUAUGUAUUAUAUAUAAUAAUUAAUGAGUGAUUAAUAAAAUGUAAAACAGUAUUUAUUUAA